AUGUUCCAGCAAGCUACUCCUCCCCCAAGCAGUCCUGUCUGCGAGGGCAGGAUCAACCACACCGGACUUGGUUCAUUCACACAAACAGUUCAGAAGCCUCAAGGCUUGCCGCCAAGGACACCUAGAAAGCUUCAAGGCAUCGUCAACAGCAGCAGUCCUACGUACUGGGCAACCACACCCGCUCUAAGCUCACCUACCGACCUCGGUCCUUCAACAUCACCAACAUUGGUUCGUGCAGCCCCCGCCACUCGAUCAUCCAACAACAAGAACAAGGAACGAAAGCCGCCCUCGGUAACCCCCCGGAGGUUCACGAGAUUCUUUCACGGUCAACGAAAAGUCCCAGCUGUCAGGUGUGCCCUCAACGACAUAACCAAGGCCUCCCUUAACGAAGUGGACCAACAGUUACCAUCCCGCCUCGAUGGCGACAGAGACGUAUCCAUGGAUUCCGGGGUUGCAACCAACAAACGUCCGAUAGCGGCUGUUUCGGGCUUUGAUUCUGCCGAGCUUGGUCGUGACAUCAAGCGGCAAAAUAGGGUGCUUGGUCCAGAUCUCCUGAACGUUAGCUCGAGUCAAAAAUCCCAGGACGCUCCCGAGUUUAUAUCAAGCACCCCUGAGUCUGUCCAAAGGAGCCUAUCGAGCCAUCGAAGCACUGCUUCUCAAAUUUUUCAAAGGGAACUAGGGGACAUAGAUCGAGCUUUUGAUAUUCUCGACUUGGCACAUCCUGUGCUAGACUGGAGACACCAAACUGCACACUUUUGCUCAUCUUUUGACUAUGUUCACGACACAACUGCCGUUGCCCGGCCAGGUCAGGCUCGGGGAACCAUCUUUUCACAGGCAGCAUGCAACACAAGCAACAUGGUGUUCAUCGGCGACGACAUGGGCGAGGUGCGCCUACUGGACACUGAAACUCCCGGCGAUGAUGGGUUCAAAAAGUGCCACCUUCGAUGGACUGCGCAUGGAAACGCCGUCACCGAUGUCGCCUUGUCGUCCGAUGAUUUGCGAGCAGCUACUGCCUCGGCCGACCGGUCUGGCAUCGUCUGGGACACCAUGACCCAGAAGCCCCUGGCACUCCUCGACUGCGGUAGCUCGGCAAAAUCGAUCCGUUUUCAGCCCGGCCAGGGCGUCGGCAAUGUCGUAGCAACCAGUACCCGUGACGGCAUCGUGCAAAUAUGGGACCUUCGGUGCAAAAACAGUCGCUACAGCGAGUGGAGCCAGGGCACCGUGGACGAAGAGGACUACCUUCGCGUUGCCAACAUUCCGCCAUGGAACACAUUUGUUUCGGGCUCCACGGUACCCUGGGCCACCAAGAGCUCCUCCAACUCCCAAUCAUCCCGGACCGUGGUGACAGCCCUGGAGUUUCUUCCUGCUGGCAAGGAGCAUCUGGUGAUCUCGUCGUGCGAGGCAAACGCUACAAUAAAGCUCUGGGACAUUCGCGCCAUCCGCCACCAGCUCGAAGCCAAUAACAACGCAAGCAAGCCCCUAUCUUGCGUCGCCCCUCCACCUAGCCACAAGGCCUCCCGCAAUUGGGGCAUCAGCUCCAUGACCCUCGGCACCGACGGAGCGCGCCUAUACGCCCUCUGCAAGGACAACACUGUAUACGCUUACUCGACGGCGCACAUGGCUCUGGGCCACGUCCCCGAGCUGGAGCAGCGCCACAACCCCCUGCCUCGGAGGAACGCGGCGGUCCACCAGGGACUCGCUCCGCUGUACGGCUUCCGACAUGCGCUGUUCACCUCGCCGACCUUUUUCGUCAAAUGCGCCAUCCGCCCCGCCCGGGACGGCCGCUCCGAGCUGCUGGCCGUAGGCAGUGGUCACGGCACGCCUGUACUUUUCCCCACGGACGAGCGCUACCUGCACGCCCAGCCAACAGCCCCCAUGUCGUCAUCAUCGGUCAAGGAUGGCACCAACCCCAAACAGGACAAGGCCUGGACUGACGAAGGAUCUUGGGGCUUCCCCGCCAACACAAAGCACCUGGCCCCGCGCCCCGGCGAGACGACGCCCAUCUAUACCAGCGGCACCGCGCUGAUCCACGGUCACGGUAAGGAGGCGACAUCGGUCUCUUUCACCCGCGACGGCCGCCUGGUCUCGGCGUCGGACGACUUCACGGCCCGCGUCUGGGCCGAGGACCGCGAACAGGCAAAACAACUGCGCUGUGGCGGCUGGACCGGUGGUCAGCGCUGGGGUUGGGGCUGGGCCAGUGUGGAAACGGAUUUUGAUGAGGAUGAAGUUGAGGACGAGUUUUAG